GCACUGCAUGCCUGUCCUUGUGCUUGGUCCCCCCGGCCCCUGCUGAGGUCCACAUGAUUACCCCGUUUAUAGGUGAGAAAACAGACACGAGUCACCCCAGGGGCUGGGUUGAAAGGACAGGUUUGGGUGGGGCCAACUACAUGCCCUGUGGGAAGACACGCCCAGGCUGCAGCCAGGGGUGCAGGGGCUGCCCUGUGCACAAGAGUGGCCAGACAAACAGGGCACAUGUCAGGAAGGGUCGUCUCACACUCCGCCGAAUGUCAGACCCAAAUAGCAGUGUCCAUGCCAGGCUCUGCCUGCUGCUGCGUCCCAUAACCAGCAGAGACCAGAGCCUGUGUGGUGCCAGCAAAGGCCGGUGACUAAAGAACUUGCCUGAGAGAACAGCCUGGGGUCCACACAGGCCAGAGAGCGAAGGCUGCACACAGCAUGUGGGUGUCCCAAAGGUGUGUACAGUGUGGGCUCUCUACACAACAGUGGAGAUGGACAAGCUCUGGGUCCCCAGGCCACCACCCUGUAAAUGUCUGCUAGGCCUGCUGGGUUGAUACACCCAGAGCCCCCACCCUGGGGCACCUGCGUCCUGGAGCAUGGUGUACGGCAGGCCCCCAGCACCUGGAGGCAAAGCAGGAACUGCGGCCAGCUCCACUGCACACCUGCUGCCCCGGCUGCAUUUGCUUACAGCCUCCUCUCCCUCCUUUACAUGCAGGCCCAGCUGUGAGCUCUGCCCCCAUAGGGAGGCACCUGCUGCGUUGGGCACAGUAGGGCACAACCAGCCACAGGGCUCCCGAAAUUGCCAGGCCUCAGGCCUCUGGUGGAGAAAUGGCCCAGACCCCCAAGGUCCGCUGUUCCCAGGCAGGCUGAGAGGCCACAGCCUCUGCCCCAGCUGCAGGAUGAAGGCCAGGCUGGCCACUGGCCACUGUCAUCCUGGCUGGUGUGCAGGCCUGUGGAACACCCCCUCAGUCUGCCCUUUGGGCCUGCAGAUGGAGCCACUCCUGCAGUUCCCUCCUGACUGCUGACAGUGCCUCCCCAGGGCUGGAGAGAGGAGGGGUUCCUGUGCCUAGGCCCCAGGGCACUGGCACCUCCAAGCCCCUCCAGAGGCAGCUGGAGAUCCCAGGAAUGGGGUGGGUGCCGCAGGGCUUGGGCACAGGCAGGUAACAAGGUCAUGGUCAGUGGCCGCUCAGAGCCUGCCUGCCCGGCUCACUGUUGGCCAGAGAGCCUGGUGGCAUCAGGAUAACAGAAUCUGAUGUGUGGAAACCUGUGGGCCUGGGAAAGCAAAGACAUCUCCAGGGGCCCCCAGGCUUAGCAGGUGAGGACAGGUGAGGGUUUUGCUAAGCAAAUCCUCCACCCCUCCCUGCCCCCGCUCACCAUACCUGGGCUCCCCACCCAGCUUGCCAGCCCUGCCAGAAGCUGCUAUCUGCCAUGUCAGGUCUGGCUCUCCUGGGCCUCACGGCUCUCCUGGGCCUUGGGGUGGGGGCUCCGUUGUGCCUGUCCCGACAGCUCAGAAUGCAAGGGGACUAUGUGCUGGGCGGGCUCUUCCCCCUGGGCUUGGCUGAGGACACAGAUCUUCGCAACAGGACACAACCAAGUACCAUUCAAUGCACCAGGUUUUCAUCACUUGGCCUGCUGUGGGCACUGGCUGUGAAGAUGGCGGUGGAGGAGAUCAACAGAGGGUCCACUCUGCUGCCUGGGCUGCGCCUGGGCUACGACCUCUUCAACUCAUGCUCGGAGCCUGUGGUGGCCAUGAAGCCCAGCCUCAUGUUCAUGGCGGAGGAGGGCGGUCAUGACGUCGCUGCCUACUGUGACUACACUGGGUACCAGCCCCGUGUGCUGGCUGUCAUCGGGCCCCACUCCUCCGAGCUUGCCUUUGUCACUGGCAAGUUCUUUGGCUUCUUCCUCAUGCCCCAGGUGAGCUACGGUGCCAGCGCAGACAGGCUGAGCGACCGGGAGACAUUCCCGUCCUUCUUCCGCACGGUGCCCAGCGACCGCGUGCAGGUGGCCGCCAUGGUGGAGCUGCUGCAGGAGCUGCGCUGGAGCUGGGUGGCUGCCCUGGGCAGCGACGACACGUAUGGCCGGCAGGGCCUGCGCCUUUUCUCCAGCCUGGCCAGCACGCGAGGCAUCUGCAUCGCGCAUGAGGGCCUGGUGCCGCGCCGCGCCCCGCCCGCGCAGCUUGGCUCCUGGCAGGGGCUGCUGCGCCAGGUGAACCGCGCCAGUGUGCAGGUGGUGGUGCUGUUCUCCUCCGCCCGCGCCGCCCGCGCCCUCUUCAGCUACAGCAUCCACAGCGGGCUCUCGCCCAAGGUGUGGGUGGCCAGUGAGGCCUGGGUGACCUCGGACCUGGUCACGACGCUACCCGGCAUGGACCAGGUGGGCACUGUUCUCGGCUUCCUGCAGCGGGGCACCCCGAUGCCUGCGUUCGCGUCCUAUGUGCAGACCCGCCUGACCCUGGCUGCUGACCCUGCCUUCUGCGCCUCUCUGGACGCUGAGCAGCAGAGCCUGGAGGAGCACGUGGUGGGGCAACGCUGCCCCCAGUGCAACCACAUCACGCUGGAGAACGUGUCCGCCAAUCUGUUGCACCCCCAGCUCUUCGCCGCCUAUGCGGCCGUAUAUGGUGUGGCCCAGGCCCUGCACAACACGCUACUGUGCACUGCCUCGGGCUGCCCAGGGCAGGAGCCCGUGCGGCCCUGGCAGCUCCUAGAGAACAUGUACAACCUGAGCUUCCAAGCGCACGGCCAGGCACUGCGGUUUGACACCAGCGGGAACGUGGACAUGGAUUAUGACCUGAAGCUGUGGGUGUGGCAGGACCGGACGCCUGAGCUGCGCACUGUGGGUGCCUUCAAUGGCCGCCUGCAGCUGCAGCUCUCCCAGAUGUGGUGGCACACGCCCAGGAACGAGAAGCCAGUGUCCCAGUGCUCACGGGAGUGCAAGAAGGGCCAGGUGCGCCGUGUGAAGGGCUUCCACUCCUGUUGCUAUGACUGUGUGGACUGCAAGGCAGGCAGCUACCUGCGCAACCCAGAUGACCUCUUCUGCACCCAGUGUGACCAGGACCAGUGGUCCCCAGCCAGGAGCCUGCGCUGCUUCCCCCGCAGGCCCAAGUUCCUGGCAUGGGGGGAUCCGGCCGUGCUGCUGCUGCUUGCGCUGCUGGGCCUGGCUCUGGGCCUGGUGCUGACAGCCCUGGGGCUCUUCAUCUGGCACCGGGACAGCCCGCUGGUUCUGGCCUCAGGCGGGCUGCGGGCCUGCUUUGGCCUGACCUGCCUGGGCCUCGUCUGCCUCAGUGUCCUCCUGUUCCCUGGCCGGCCCAGCCCUGCCAGCUGCCUGGCCCAGCAGCCACUGCUGCACCUCCCGCUCACCGGCUGCCUCAGCACACUCCUCCUGCAGGCGGCCGAGACCUUCGUGGAGUCGGAGCUGCCGUCGAGCUGGGCAGGUUGGCUGCGUGGCCACCUGCAGGGGCCCCGGACCUGGCUGGCAGUGCUGCUCGCCAUGCUGGUGGAGAUGGCACUGUGCGCCUGGUACCUGGUGGCCUUCUCACCAGAGGUGGUGACAGACUGGCAGGUGCUGCCCACAGAAGCGCUGGUGCACUGCCGUGUGCGCUCCUGGGUCAGCUUUGGCCUGGUGCAUGUCACCAACGUCACACUGGCCUCCCUCUGCUUCCUGGGCACCUUCCUGGUGCAGACCCGGCCUGGCCGCUACAAUGGCGCCCAUGGCCUCACCUUUGCCAUGCUGGCCUACUUCAUCACCUGGGUCUCCUUUGUGCCCUUCUUUGCCAAUGUGCCUGUGGCCUACCAGCCCGCUGUGCAAAUGGGUGCCAGCCUCCUCUGUGCCCUGGGCAUCCUGGUCACCUUCCACCUGCCCAGGUGCUACCUGCUGCUGUGGCGGCCAGAAUGCAACACCCCCGAGUUCUUCCUGGCAGGGGAUCCUAGCGGUGCCAGGGGGCAGAGUGGCAGUGGGGGUGAAGAGGAGACUCAGGGCAAAAGCGAGUGACCCUUGACCUGGUGACCUGACCAAGUGAGCUCAGACAUAGUCAAGAUGCCUCCAAACCAAGUCCCUAUGCAGAGACCUGCAGACUGUGCCCAACUCUGCUGAGAUUCUCACCUCUAGAUCCUGAUCCCAGGCGAUCUGAUGACCGUGGCCUGACAAUGACCUCCAGGCCUGCAGUGUGCAUGUGGGGGCUCAGCCCUGAGACCUUGCUACCUGGAGCCCCAGAGUCAAGCUCUGUCCUUGUCCUAGACAAGGUCUGCCUAGGGGCUGCAGCUGGGAAAAGGCCUCUAGAGGGCUACCCUGCAGCCCAUGCUGAGCUCACACAAAGCUCCUAGCCAGGCCACUUGAAAGCCAAGCUGGGUGUCAUUCAGCUGGCCGGCCAUGCCUGGGUUUCCCCACCCAGCACCCCCUCCCAUCAUCAUUGGAGUGGGAGGUUGGUGAGUGGGCUAGAGCUGCCCUGACCAUGGGCCCCAGUGCAGGGCAGGCGCCUGCUCAGGGGGAAAGAGGCAUCCAGCCUGCUCCCUCCCUGAGUGGGUAGAACUGAGUCAGCCCACAGCCAGCACCGCGGACAGAACCCAGGCAGGGUGGGGGGUCAGCACCAAGGCCAGCGCCAGCCACCAGGACCCCUGGAUCCAGGAACCAGCACCACGGACAGAAGACUUCCCGCCAGGUCCUUGCCGGCAGGUGGCCAACACCGGGCUAGAGACUGAGCUGAGACCCAGAGGACAGCACCUGGCCAGUCCUGAGUCAGCUCUGGCCAGACCCUGGAAAAGCUGGACAGCCCCCAUACCCCAAUCUCCUAAGGCAGCUGGGCAGGAGA